GAGCUCUUUGGCUCGGUUACUCGGUUAGUCGUUCGCGAGUAGCGACGCGGAUGGAACGUGCCGUGAAGUGUACUAACUCGACUAGACGUUUGGUGUUAUAUUUGUAUUUGGAACAUGUGCUGUGCUUGACUCCAGAAAAUGACCACCGGUGAAAUUUGCUGCAAUAACAAAUGGUAUGCGUUUAUCGAAGCGCGUAGCUGAGAGGGUGCGAUGCACUUGCGUGCGCUGCUCUCGCUCUCGCUUGAACGGACUGCCGGCAUGAAGGGUCAACCGGUUUGGACCACGUCGCCCCCUGGCGAGCCUUUGGUACGCGCUCCGGUGGGCAAGCCUAGGUGUCCACCAGCUAUAUCAAGAUUAAGAGUGGAGAAGGUGGAAGGCGGGCUGGCAGUCGCUGGAGUGGUCGUCGCAGCAAACUGUCAAAUUGUGCUGCCCAUUUUCGGCUUCCUCUUUAUGCUCGUUGGCUGUGUGCUUACAGCUGCUUCAUAUCGCGGUUGUGGAGAGAACGAAGAGCCUCAUCAUUAUGCUGAGAGGAUCGCGUUCACCGGCAACUCCAGGGUACUCGGUCCCGUUUGCAUCGUCGCUGGAGCACUUAUGACGAUUGCUGGUAUAGUUUUGUGUAUAUUGAUGCGCGCCGCUCAACGUCGACAACGCAGACUGGCCUUCCAUUGUCCUAUCCAUGGAGACUUCUACCCACUUAGUCCACAAAAUAGCAGAAAAUAUUCUCGCAGUCCACUAGGCCUCUGGCGUCGGUUACGAAGCUGGCUGGGGAUGGUAGAAGAGGGUGAGUCUCCACGCUGCCCGCGGUCUACUGAGCCCGCCUCGCCGGCACGAGCUGACGCGCCCUGUCCUCCCCCCUUGCCUUUCUUAGUUCCAUCGGAUUCUGUUGUAGGCAUGGCGUCCGUGUUGGGAGCGCCCCUUAGUCCUGAACAAACAUUCGGAUCUAUUAAAUCCUUGGCAAUAUCCAGAGAGGUAGCCAGCUUUCCGUUGUCCCGGUCUCCAACACCGCCACCUCUAAGCUGUCCUCCAUUCAAAGAAGAGUCGAAAAGUUACGACAACAACAUCCCGAACUCGGUGACGCGUCCCGACUUCGACUGUGGUUCACCCACGUGCAACUAUCGCGUCGUCGAAUGUAAACUGACCACCGCCGAUGAAAUAUCGAGAAGUGCCCCUAUCAAUCCUAGUGUGCAUAGUCUAGUCUCAGACAGACCGGUCAGACCUAGCACGGUCUCUAUAACCAUACCCAAUGAGGGGAAGGGUUAACAUUAACACUUUCAAAGUGAUAUAUAUACCUUAGACAAUUAGUGACAUAAAUGUUCAAAGUGAGCUAUUAUUAUGUGGCGUGAGAAUGUGAUGACCACAGAUACAAAAACUCACUGUGUGUACAAACCUUAAUUAUGUCCUGUACAUACAUUAAAUUGGAUUCACAUUAUAUGCUUGUUAAAUUUUGAUAUCUGCUCAAACGAUCACAUUCGUCUUCCGCUACCGCUCACCUUUUUUGAACACGAAUGAGUCCGAAUUAUCGGAGAUCAUUGUUUGACAGAACUGAUAUAAUUUAAUUAAAUACUACCUAAAACCAUUCUGCAUUUCAUUGCAGUUUGUCUAUGGUAGUUGGUUAUCGCUUAAUAUCAACAUUGUGCGAAUAUUUUUCUCAAUUUAAAAACCAUAUUUUUCAUUUGUUCGAAGCAAUACAUUGCGCCAAAUGUCGUAUUCGGGUAACUGAGAUUGUAAUGUGUAUUGAUUGUAGAUGUAUAAAUAUGUAACAUAUUGUUAUUUUUUAUUUCUACAUUGAGAGAUUAUUUGAAAUCGUCCUAAUAUUUCUUAGGAAUUGGAAAUACCAAGUGGACGAUGGUGUGUUAGUUCAUGAUAAGUAAUAGAUAUAGAACGUGUGUAUGCGGUAUAUGUAAACUAUUUAUUCUCAAAUUUUUUCGGUAAUAAAUUAGAGCAUAGAACAGCAUUCAGGUUUUAAUUCUAGCUUGUCACGUUGUUGUAAUGCUCACACAGGCAAUCUAGUCGUGUUGGUCUGCAUCAUAUUACUUUCACGUUAUCAUUAAUACAUUAUGCAAUACGUUAAUCUUUAAUGUUAUUGGAACUCAUAUACAAAUAUAAUGUGGUAGAGAAAACGAUGUAAUAAUUUGGCUCAGUAGGAAAACGUUCCUUAAAUUUAAAUAUUGUUGUAGAAAAUUGUCCAUUACAUUCAUUUAUAAUUGUAAUUUUACUUGUAGAAUAAGUAAUAAUAAUAAUAAGAAUGCAUACAAAACAUACCCUAGGUAUAGGUCCCAAAUGUGAUAUUUUGUUUAUUUAGCGAUGUCCUAUUUUCCUUGUACAAGCAAUCAUAAUUAACAGAAUAAUUUUUAUUUCAAAUAAUUUAAUAAAUUUAAACAUUCAGUUUCAAUAUUGUUUGGUGAAUGAGCCAAAAGAAGAUGCCAAAAUAGAAUGCGUUCACGUCCAUGAAUAAUUGUGUGUAAUAUGCUUACCUAUUUGUAUAUACUCACAUAUAUAUUAAUUUCGUGCUCAGAAAAGACAAUUAGUAAGAAAGCAAGAUGUAGAUAAACUUAUAUAGUCCACGUAGAUAUAGAUUGGUACUAAAUAAGUCUUUAUCAAUUUAUAAGUUAUGUGAUGAAGGCAUUUAUUGGCCAAGAUAAUUUAAAACAUAAGGAACGUAAUUUUUUAUAAUCAAUAGUUAAGUGCCACGCCUAAAUAAUCUAUUGUAUACCUAAAUUAAGCUUAUUUAAUAUUGUUAUAAUUAUAAGGAUGAAAUGAAAACACAGAUUUGAGUUAAUA